AUGAACCCCGAAAAGCUUGCCAAGCUCCAGGCUGCCGCCGCUGCCUCCCGCAUCGGUGGAAAGGGUACCCCCCGCAGAAAGGUCAAGAAGGUCCACAAGAACCCCGUCGCCGAUGACAAGAAGAUCCAGGCCACUCUGAAGAAGCUCAACGUCCAGCCCCUCAACCACAUCGAGGAGGUCAACUUCUUCAAGAACGACGGCAGCAUCAUGAACUUCCGCUGGCCCAAGGUCCUGGCCUCUCCCGCUGCCAACACCUUCGUUGUCGAGGGUACCCACCAGAUCAAGCAGAUCCACGAGCUCCUCCCCGAUAUCAUCAGCCAGCUCGGCCCCGAGUCCAUCGAGAGCCUCCGCAAGCUUGCUGAGACCCUCCAGCUCGGCCAGGCCGCCAAGGCUGGCGAGGCCGCUGCCGAGGGCGACGAUGAUGUCCCGGAACUUGUCGAGAACUUGUAA